AUGUUACACACUCAGACAUUAACAAUCUCAAUGAUUCAAUAUGAUCAUAUUGUAUCAGUAGACUCAAUGUUAAAAAAUAAUCAAAUUAGUAUUUUAAAAGAUAAAGUAAAAUCAAAUAAAUAUUUAUCAUUUUUUCCAAAGGUAUUUCAUACUUUAAAUCGUGUAGAAAAAACAAUGGGAUGGUAUGAAAUAUUUUUAAAAAUUCAAGAUGAUAAAGAAUUUUAUAGAAAUCUUUGCAAAAAUUAUAAAGAUCAAAUUCCAUUUUUAGACAAUAAUAAUAAAUUUGGAAUUAUAGUAGAUCAAUUAAAAGCAGCAAAUUGUAUUGUAGGUUUACAAGUUUUAAUUGAAAAUUCAUUAUACACACCAACAAUGCAAGAUUUAAAGGCUUCAAUCUCUGAUUAUAGACUUGAAUUUAUUAAACUUAUAUUACCACAUAUUUUCAAUGGAGAAAUUGAAAAUAAUAUUGAUAAUAUUGUAUCUGGUAUUUCAUAUUAUUAUAGUAAUUCUGAUUAUUUUAGUUAUAAUGAUGAAUAUUAUGACACAAUAAAAUAUUUAAUCAACUUAUUAAAAACCAAUGAAAAACAUUCAGAUACUGCAAUUCCAAGUCUCAUUAGGAUUUUAUUUGAUUUAUUUAAAUCUGAAAAAAAAGAAAAUUUAAAAACAUUAAUAGAAUUGAUCACUUUUUUCGAUUCAUUAGAUUAUUGGGAAACAUUUAAAAAACUUGCUAUUCAAUUUAAAUAUCCAUGGCAUAAAGAGGAGUCAUUCAAUAGCAAUGAAAUUGAAUUAUUAAUUGAUGAAUUUAAAAAUAAAAUUGAAUUUAUUAAAUCAACAUUUUCAAAUGAUCAACUAGAAUCAAGUGUUUAUCAUCCAAUUAAUUACCAAUGUAAAGAAAAUGAAACCAUAUCUAAACUAUUAAGUAUUUAUCAUAUUGUAAACAAUCCAAGAUCACAUUGUAUAUCAGUCGAAACGAGAAAUAUAUUCGCAUUUGGAAAAAUUAUAUUAGAACACGCAAAUUAUAGAAUAUGGUCCACAUGUUCUUUUGAUGACCUUACAUAUAAAUCUAAAAUUGAUGAUAAUCUUUAUAUAUACUUUUUUAUAAAUGAAAACUUUAUUCUUUUUAAAAAAUGUCCAAAAAAAGAAUCUCAAAUUGAAUUAAUAGAUAAUUUAAUCAAUGAUAUUCUUACAUCAAGUAACGAAAAAUUAUUUCCAAUUUUUUUAUUAAUGUUACUUGUUAAAAAUAAUAAUUUAGAGUUGGUAGAUUAUUUUUUUUCUAGAGUCAAUAAAAGUUUAAUUGUUGCUCAAAAAACUGAUCAGAAUGAACAAUUAAGUGAACAUUCAAUUUUCGAAAAUAUCAAAUCAAUUGAAAUGUUUGAAUAUUUAUUCAACAAAUUACAUCAUUUUUCAUUUACUGCAAAUAUGGCAGACCCAAAAUAUUCCAAACACCUCGAAAUGAUGAUUGCAAAUAAAAGUUUAUAUUAUAGAUUAAUAACAUUUUCCCCUCAGGCCAAACUAUCAGUAUCUUUUAUUAAAUAUGUUUUUAAAAAUCCAUACAAAUAUAAUUUAGAGAAAAUUUUACAAUUUAAACCAAUAGAUUUUUAUGAAAAUCACAGUGAUUAUUGCCAAUGUUUAAUUGAUCAAGUUAAAAUAGUUCAAAGUUUUCCAAAUUGGCCAAAAAUUGAUGACCACUUUAUGAGUCGAUAUUUUAAUUUAAUCCCACUUAAAUCUCUUCGUAUUGCUUUUAAAAUUUAUCAAGAUCUUUCACCAAGAAAUAGUCAUAUAAGUAGAUAUAGUUUACAUCUUUUAAAUUAUUAUUUUGAUAAUAUUGAAAAUGAUAAAUUAUUUCAAGAUGACGAAAUUACAUUAGAAGAAUUUAUUCAAUACCAACAUGUCAUUGAACUUUCAACAAUUAGAGCAGAUUUAAAAACAUUGGAUAGAGUAUUAGCCAUUUGUGAGAAACUAUAUUCAAAAGGAAAUGACAAUAAUUUAUCAAAAAUAGAAUCAAUUAUUUUUUAUAAUAUUUUAAUAAUUGCAGUUUCUCAACAACAAAUUUUCACAAUAGAAUAUCUUAUAUCAAAUCAUAUGUAUAUCUUUAAAAAGAAAACAGAUUCAAAAUCAAAAUUAAACUCAAAUGAUAGUUUUAGAAAUGGUAUAUUUACACAAAAUGACUUACGUGAAUUGGUGUUUAUAUCUUUACGUCAUUACAAUAUUAAACUUACAAAUCUCCUCUUAUCAACUAUUAUAAUCACAAAAAUACAAUUUGAAAAACAUUCAUCCAAACCAAUUUAUUUUCAUUUUCAAGAUAGAUUUAAAUAA